AUUAAGAGAUGCAACUAAUGAAAUUGCAGAGAAAUAGUAUUAAACGUGUAAAUGACGUGUGUGAGUGCAAAGACUGCAUGAAAAAUAUUUUUUCGAUUGCUAAACCUUCAGUAACCAAUCACAUUUUUAUUAGACCACUGUUUUUAUGGUAUGCGCGUUGUUUUUCCUCCUCAGGUUACCGAAAUAAAUUUUAUUUUCGAACUCGGGGUUUAAUGUAACACAAACACCUGAAAUUGUGUUUCCCCCAAAUUAUUCAUUUUGACCAAAUCUGUUCUGGCCGCAAGGGGACAGCCGUACUUCUGGUCUUGGUGUAGUCUGGUGAACGUUUGGGGGGCAAAGAAGAAGAAACAAAGGGGUGACUUGUGUUGUUUCCAUGCGUCCGACUUCUCUAGCGUUAAAGUCCUUAAUUCAAACAAUAUGACGGCUUUCUGCUUCCAGACACAGCUCGUGUCCAUCAUGGACGCGUUGUGCAACGCGACCGUGACAGAAAUCGGCAAGCUGGUGGAGAUUGAGUCGAAAAUGCUGAAAAUCGAGAUCACCCGCGGCCGUAACGAAAUCGCAUCUCUCACCGAGAAGCUGAAUCUGAUGGAGACUUUGCUCCACAUGGCGCAGCGGGGCAGGCCGCAGGACGCCAGGGAAGGCUUGGAAACCGCCGCGCUGGAGCCUGAUAGGACAAGACCUGUCUCCAAAAGUGAGUUGACAUGGGAGAACAUCAGCUCCUCACCCGAGACGAGCACAUCAGUCCAAGAUGAGCAGCAUCCUGCAGUUGAGACGCUUCAGUUACCAACUGAGCAUCCUGAGCCGGUGGUAAAAGAGGAGCCGACGGAGGUGGACAACAGAGAAACUGAACAAGAAAGAUCAAGUGAAAGCAACACCCAGAAGAGUCCGGAUGUGAGCCAGCGCCACAAACCCGUCUCGGAACGCCAACUUCCCGUGUACCUCGACUGCUUUGUUAGCCUCAACGCACCCCCUUGCAUCACUACGCCCAACAGGAGGGAAGCGCAGUGCAACCCCCUGCACACACCUCUGCACGUAAGCCACGAGGCCGGCAAAAGUUUGCCUGCUUACGCAACAGCCCAAAGCUCGCUUAGGAGCACCAAGAUACACCACCUGAGGACCGCCGCCUCUGCCAAGCAGAUCGGCUGCUUGCAGUGCGGGAAGAGCUUCCGCUGCUACAGCCAGCUUGAAAUCCACCAGAGGAGUCACACGGGAGAAAAACCUUUCCGAUGCACGCUGUGCGGGAAACGCUAUGCCCAAAAGGGCCACUUGUACACGCACCAGCGCACACACACCGGGGAGAAGCCGUACCGCUGUCACAUUUGCGGUAAGGGCUUCAUCCAGAAGUGCACCCUGGACAUGCACAAGCGCACGCACACGGGAGAAAAGCCCUUUGUGUGCAUGCAGUGCGGCAAGGGCUUCACAAAGAACUGUAAUCUGAAAAAGCACCUCUUGGUGCACCUCGAGUCCGAUAUGCAACUCUGCGGUGGUAGCGCGCUCACGCUACGUGAGCCGUUUCAGAACGAAACCUCAUCCAACACUGUGGCCAGUCACACGUAACUUGCUCAGCUACUUGUCCAAAAUAGGAACACUAUCGAAAUUAAAAUGAGGGCUGCAACUAAUGCUUAAUUUAAUAAUUCUAAAAUAUCAAUACAUAAAAGUAAUUGUUAUGAAUUAACUGAUGUGUUAACAUGAACAGGACAUUCAAAACUGAUACUGCAGAGAACACAUGAUUAUAUAUUAUGAUUCAGUUCCUGGUUCGGUCCGUAACCUGUCAGAAAAUUGGUAAAAAUUAGGGCCUGACCGAAAUCGAUUUUUUUGAGGUUGAUUAUGACAUUUGGGAGAAUAAAAUUCUGAUAACUGAUUCAUCAGCUGAUUAUUUAAAAAAAAUACAAAUUGAGUGAAAAAAUGAGGGCUUUCUUAUUGCUUAAAACAGUAGAGACAUGUAUUGUAUUUGUGAAACUUUCAAACAGAGUGAUAAAUUUUAAAACUGCGAAAAUUUUGGGGGGGGGCAGUGUUCGAAUGCCAUUUUGCAACCAAAAAAAACCUGCAAAACUGGGCUGAUUUUUGCCAAUUAUAAAAGAGCUCAUAUCGGCUCC